AUGACUAGAGACAGAGGUAUUGAGGAAGACAGCCCCAACGAGAAGAUCGUCCACACUUCCAACGAUGGCACUCCUCUCGACGUGAAGCCAUCCGACAAUGGCAACGGACAGGGCAGACAUGAGCACGCCGUCAGUAAGGAUGAAGUCGACGAUACCACACUCUUCUACAACCUCAAUAAGGAGAAAGCCGGCUCUUUCACUGCGGAGAUGGAAGGUAAGCUUGUGCGCAAAAACUUCUGGUUUCUGCUUGGUCAGACCUGGUGGAUCGCCUUCCUGAUCCACCUGGACAAGUCGACACUGUCGCAAGCUAGCACUAUGGGGAUCUUUAAGGAUGUCGACAUGACGAAGAAACAGUACAAUGACCUUUUUGUGGUGUUUUAUACUGGCUACCUUAUUGCUCUUUGGCCAGGGGCAUGGUUGUCUCAGAGAACUGGCCAGAAACAGUUCAUCGUUGGAUCGCUAUUGCUUUGGGCUCUAUUGCUCGCAAUGCAUACCGAGUCUCAGAUUGUACCGAGCACCACCAUUCUUCAUCAAGCAUUCUUUUCUCCAAAGAAAAGUCCUUGGGUUCAGCUUCUUUGGUGGGCUUCGGGCAGCUUCGCAAACGUACUCCUCACCAUGGUUGCUUACAAGUUGAUCCUCCUCGAUGAUGCUCAUACACUGAUUGGCGGGCUGUCGUCGUGGAAGUGGUUGCACAUUAUAUGUGUGAUCCUGACCUUUAUCAUGGCAGUCCCGCUGGCUUUCUUCCUGCCAAACUCACCCGUGGAGGCGAAAUGGCUCUCGACCGCAGAGAAGGUACACACAAUCAAGGCGAUCCGCGACACACAAUCGGGCAUCAAGAAUUCGACAUGGAAGUGGUCGCAAGUUCGAGAAGCGUUUACAGACCCCAAAAGUUGGCUUUUCAUAUUCCAUAUGUUCUUCAACGAACUUCCGAACAACACCUCGCAGCAGCUUCCUCUUAUUAUCGUUGGUUUUGGCUUUACGCCAGCAGAGAGCGCGCUUUUCAAUAUUGCCAAGCCGUUGAUUGGUUCAUUCCUUGUUCUUGUAUCUGCCGCUAUGCUUUAUGGGACUCGACUUGGCACUGGCUAUACCUGCGCGAUAUCGUACAUCCCAUGCUUCGUUGGGGGCAUAAUUGAGCUUGCAGCCCCUUGGUCCAACAAGAUCGCGCUCGUUGUUGGCACUCAGAUUUCAACAUUCAAGCCGUCCUAUCUGCUCGGUCUUUCUUGGGCUGGUACCGCCACGACCGGGUAUACGAAGAAGCUUACCGUUAUGUCAACCUGUGUGGUUGCUGCAUCGGCUGCAAAUAUGAUUUCGCCCGAGUUUUGGCAACCCAAGUACAAACCAAGAUACACUCUACCAUGGGCUUUCAUGACUGCAUUUUGGUUCAUAUCACCUGCCAUGUGCCUUGUCAUCCGCUGGUAUCUCGUCCGUGAGAAUCGACGCAGGCAGGCUUACGUGGAUGCUGAUGGAAGUUCGGACGACAACGAUGUCCUGGACACUGGGGACAGGGUUGUCCAUGUGUACAAGGAAGAUCUCGAUCUGACGGAUCGCCAGAAUCAAAAGUUUAUUUACCCGUUGUGA